AUGACGCAACAAAAACAACCAUCAGUAAAGACCAGUGUUACCGAAUUGAAAUAUAAAGGUACUGGACCUCGAAUUAUCUUAAAGAAUGAAUAUGAACAACCUUCAGGUAGUUUCAAAUUAAGAGGUAUUGGACAUUUAAUUCAAGUAUCUAUUGAUAAGGCAAAAAGUCUUGGCAAAGAUAAAGUUGAAGUAUUUUCAUCAUCUGGUGGGAAUGCUGGAUUAGCAGCAGCUUAUGCUGCUAAAUAUUACCAUGUACAAUGUACUGUUGUAUUACCAAUUAUUUCUAAACCAGUAAUUAUUGAAAAAUUAGAAAGUAUAGGUGCAAAAGUUAUUGUUCAUGGUAAACAUUGGGGUGAAGCUGAUCAUUAUUUAAGAACUGUGGUUAUAGGAGAAUUAGAUGAAUCAAUAUAUCCAGUUUAUGCUCAUCCAUUUGAUGAUCCAUUGAUUUGGGAAGGUCAUGGUAACUUUAUAGAUGAAAUUAUUAAAGAAAAUCAACUUUCAAAAGAAGAUUUGUUAAAGGUUAAAGGAAUUGUAUGUAGUGUAGGUGGUGGAGGAUUAUAUAAUGGAGUUAUUGAAGGUUUAGAGAGAAAUGAUAUUUUAAAAGAUGUUCCAGUAUUAGCUAUUGAAACUAAUCAAACUCCAACUUUUAAAGUUUCUAUUGAUGCUGGAUCAAUAGUUCAUUUAAAGGAAAUUAAUACUUUAGCAACUUCUUUAGGUUCACCAUAUAUUUCAUCUAAAUCAGUAGAGAAUUAUCAUAAGCACAAGACUUAUCUUGCUCUUGUUGAUGAUGUUGAAGCUGCUGAAGCAGUAGUGGAUUUCUAUGAUUCUACAGGUAUUAUUGUUGAACCAGCUUGUGGGGCUGCCUUAUCGGUUGCAUAUAAAAGAUCUGACUUAUUAGAUAAAUUUGGAGAUUUACUGAGCGAAGAUAUAGUUAUUGUGGUAGCUUGUGGAGGUUCUAGUACUAACGAAAGUACAUUGAACGAAUUCAGAACUCUUACCAAGACUUCAUAG